AUGACCACUGAGGACUACAAGAAACUAGCUCCAUACAAUGUCAGGCAAAAAUCAGUGGACUUGGAAGAGGAGGAUGCACCUUUUUCUCCAGAUGAGCACAAAAAGAGGACAGAGGCAGCCAACAGUGUCCUGAGGAGCACGGCCAGCAGGGAACGGGCUUAUGUCCUCUCAGCAGCCAAGAAAAGCAACGGCAGCCCAACACAAGACUUUCCACCCUUGUUUGCCAAGAGAAUUGAGAUAGAAGAAGAGGAAGGACAGCAGAGGAGGAGUCCGACUGUGUCUGGUUCAUGCAGGUUUACACCAGAUGACAACAGUACUAAUGGGCUAAGAAAAAACACCUCUGGGUCGUCCUGGAAUGAGCCAAAGGCAACAGCAGCAUCUCCCUCCAGCCCUGAAACAGGCAGCAGGAGCCAAACCACCACAUCCCUGAGCACAUCUUCAGAGAGAAUCUCCACUUCUACUGAGACCAGAAAUGGUGACAGCAGAGCAGCCCCCAGCAGGAGAGCCUCGUCUGAGACGGUGUCACUGCAUGGGGACGGUGACAAACCUCUCAAGGAAAAGCCUGAGCCUGAGCUGUUCCCGUGGGAUGGACUGGCUCCCAGAGCAGCUGUGGUCUCCAGGAAUGGAAGUUAUCCUGAACACACAGAAGCCAACAGUGGAUUUUACCCACCAAGGUGAUCCAACUCUGGUUGCAGGGACAGAGCUGCAGAGGCUACAGACCAGCUGCACGAGGCCUCUGGCUGCCUGGAUGAUGCCAAGUCUGAAGCUGCAAGGUCUAGCCUGCUGUCUGAUGUCCCUUCUCCUCCUACUGAGCGAGCCCCUGUGCACCUGGAGAACACAGAUUAUUCCUUUAAAAGGUCUGUCCUGAGCUACGAGGAGAGAAGCAGCAGCCAGGAGGGCAGACACAGCAGUCCUGGGGUCCCAGCACUCAGCAAACCUUGCUGGAGUGAAGAGAUGUCUUCCCAAGAUUUCAAAGAGGGGAACACCCCCAGGGAAAGGGGGCACGAGAGCAUGUGGGCCUCAGAUGACCACAAACCAGAGCUGAUCCGAGGGUUUUCAGACUCAACCAACCAUAGUGAGAAAGGACAAGAACCUCCUGACCAUAAUGUCCACCCAGAGCCUCCCAGGUUGAAGGAACACACUGAACAUGAAUGCAGCAUGACUAGGCCCAGCUCUCCACCCAGGGAAAGCAGCAUCCCUGCUCCAAAGGCCCAGCCUGGGGAUGAACCUGAGCCACUCUGGGACAGGAUCACUCCAGCUUAUGAAGAACAAACCCACCCCACCACAGAGAGUCAUCAUGAGAGUCUGGGAGGCUGGAGACUGGAUGAGCCCAGGUCUAACUUCAGCUCAGCAGAGAGUGUUGUUGGUGGGUCCGAGAGCCCAGCGCAGGGCAGGGACCACCUGCCUGCCCCCAGCCACAGGAUCCCCUCCUACCUGGACAGCCAAGUGUUCAGCACCAGGAGACCUACCCCAGAUUAUGAAGGGAGAGGCUAUGAUGGGAGAAGCAGCCCCAGGAGCAGCAGGUAUGACAGCACCAGCACCUGGCUGCACGGAGAGCUGAACCCCUCGGCCGGACGCCACGACUCCCUGCACAGAGACACCAUCCUGUCCAUCUCCCAGAGAAGCCACAGGGUGCCAUUCUACAUGGACAGCUUAAACUAUAACAACAGGCUCCUCUCCAGCUCCAGUGAGAGGAUCUGCAGCCCAGGUGCCACCUUCCCACACAGCAGCCCAGCAGCCCCCGGGUACCAGCCCGACCCCAGCACUGCCGGGAAAGGGGUCCUCUUUGUGAAGGAGUACGUGAACAGCAGCGGGCUGCCAGCUCCCCUGCGCUACGGCAGUGGCAGCCUCGUGGAUUUGACCAAUCUGGAGCGAGCGACCUACAACCAGCACAGCUACCUGGGCAGAGCUGCCCUGCAGAGGUCCAGUGAACCUCCUUGCAGCUACUGCGGCCGUGAGAUCCGCGACUGCCCCAAGAUCAUCAUAGAGCAUCUCAACAUCCACUGCCACGAGUACUGCUUCAGGUGUGGGAUUUGCCACAAAGCAAUGGGAGAUCUGCUGGAUAAAAUAUUCAUCCACCGGGACAUCGUCCACUGUGACAAGUGCUACGAGAAGCUCUUCUAG